GAGAGUUGGACAAACACAAUGCAUCAGAUAUUAUUAAGUCAGUUAAUUCAGUUCUUAAUAAAUUUAAUAUUGAUCAUUCAAAGAUCUUCACUAUUACUACAGAUAACAGUUCAAAUGUCAAAUCUGCAGUGCAACAAUUGAAUAUUACUAAUAUAAAGUGUGCUGGACAUAUACUUCAAUUAAGUGUUAAUUUGGGUUUAAAGGAAGUUAAUGAUCUUAUUUCAAAAUAUAAAUUACUUAUUGCAAUUUUGUUAAAAGAAAAAAAAUGUAAACAGCUUUGUGAAGCUCAAUUACAAAUUACUCUAGGGUUAAAACAACCUUUAGAUAUUAUUAAAGAUAUGGAUACACAUUGGAAUUCCAUCUUUUAUGCUAUUGAGUGUCUUAUGUAUUUAAAACCUGCCAUUAUACAAUUAUACUCAACUCUUACUAAUUAUACUAUUAGAGAAAUUAGAAAAGAGACAGAAAAUAUGGGUUCUUUUAUUCUUUCUACAGAAGAAUUUGAAUUAUUAGGAGAACUAAUAGAAAUUCUUUUUUCUUUUGAUGAACUUAGGUACUUUAUAGGAAAAAAUAAUAAGGCUAUUCUUGUUAAAGAAAUGAUAUUAGACAAUUUAAUUAAACAUUGGAGAGAUCCAAGUGAAAAUAUGCAUCAUCAAUUUAAUGAACUUUGUCUAACACCAACCUUUGAUGAUAAUAUUAAUGAUGAUUCGAUUUUAGCAUUUUCACAUUCAUAUAAAAAAUUCAAAAUGUUAAUAUUUUUUAUGCAUUUAUGA